AUGUGUCCACUCAUCUUGAACCAAAAUAAUGACUGUAAAUAUUGUAACAAAGCUAUACGGACUAUUAUGCGCAAAAGGCUCCGUUUACAAAAAAAUAAUUCUACUCCAAAGAGAAUUCAUAUUUUAUCUAGUCCCAAAGUACAACAACUUCGUAAAAAUCACAAAUUAACAUUGCAAAGGAAAUAUCGAGCUGUAAUACUCAAUAAAAAGCUAAAAAAUAAAUUAUUUAAUAUGCAAGGUGAAAUGUCAAAACUGACCACAAUGAAUCUUGAAGAAAGGCUAACAACUAAUAAGAUACCUACUUAUCAACGGGUUGCCUUACAUGAAAUUUUGUCCGCAUCACAAGUCCUCAAUUUAAAAGGUCGCGGAUAUUCCGAAGAUUGGAUCCUUUUAUGUUUACUAUUUCAUAUGCGUUCACCAUGUGGCUAUAAUUUUGUUAGAAAUAAUGACAUUAUGCCAUUACCUUGUGUAAGGACCAUAAGAAGGUACCUAUCAUCUAUCGAUACACAAUGUGGGUUUGAUCCAAAAUUUCUACAGAUGUUUUCUCUUUAUAUGGCACAAAAAGAAGAAUUUCAACGCCAUGGUUUGCUCGUGUUUGAUGAAAUUUCCACUCGCGAGAGUAUUGCAGUUAACUCGGCAAAUCUUACAUAUACAGGUCUAGUCGAUUUUGGUGAAGAAUGUGAGAAAGGAAAAACUUUCAGUGAUAAAGCAAAUCAUGGAUUAGUAUUUAUGUUCAUACCAUUAGAAGAUAAUUAUGCCCAACCCGUUGGUGUUUUUGCAUCAAAGGGACCGACUAAAGGUGUAGUACUAACUGAGUUAGUAAUAAAAGCUAUCACAGUACUCGAAAAAGCAGGAGCGUUUAUCCAUGGAAUUGUAUGUGACGGGGCAGCCCCAAAUCGAAAAUUUUGGAGCGAAAUGGGAAUAGGUGGAAAAAUUAAUAAAGUUAAAAAUUGGUUUGAGCACCCAACAGAUGAAAAACGGAAAAUAUUUGUGUUCUCUGAUACGCCACAUUUAUUUAAGAAUAUCAGAAAUAGGCUCUAUAAUAAUAAAGAGCUCAAGAUUCAUGAAAAUGAACCACCAGUAAAAUGGGAUCAUUUUGUAAAUGUUUACAAUUUGGAUAAACUGAAUCCUGGGAAUUUAAAAGUUUGUCCUAAAUUAUCUGCAUCUCAUAUAGUUUUGAACAGUUCUGCAAAAAUGCGUGUUCGUCUUGCUGUGCAGAUUCUUAGUAACUCAAUGGCAAAGAGUCUUGAGUUUUAUCGCUCUUAUAGUCCUCAGUUAAGCGAUUCUACAGCAACUGAGAAUUUUUGCUUGAAAAUGAAUGCAGCGUUUGAUGCAUUAAAUCGAAAGCUAAAGAAUGAAGGAGUGUCGCCAAAUAGUGAUGAUUAUAAAAUUUUACAAAAUACUCUGGAGUGGUUGAAUGAAUGGGAACAGCGUGUUAUUGAUAACAAAAUAAAGCCAAAACACUUUCUUACCAAUAAUACUUCAGAAGGGCUAAGGGUAACUUUGACUUCCACUUUAGAAAUUUGCACUUACUUAAAAAAAAAUAUGGUAUACAAUACAUUCUUACUGGAAAAAUUAAUCAAGAUGAUGUGGAACGUUUUUUUGGUACAAUUUGCCAAGCAGGAGUUGUUUUCCAAGUAUUGUGAAAUGGCAGACGUUUUAGAGCUAAUACUCACCGAACUGUUAGAAGACACUCUUUAUUUUCCUUGUUUUCAACACAGUGAAGAAAUAAUAGCUUUUACUAUCAAAUAUUAUAUAAAUAUGAGAAUGCGACAGUUUUCGCAAAGCUAUAAUUCCGAAGCACAAAAAGAAAAUAUGAACAAAAAGAAGAUAGCAAAAUUCACAUUAACAUAA